AGAAUAAUGCUUGGUUAAUAGUUAAUUGUCUUGCGUACAGCUAGCUGCAGCAUAAAAUAUGACGGAAGUAACAAUGCAUUCUGUUUUUUUGUUCAAAUUCAAAAAAAUUCACAAUACGUAUCGGAUGGGCAUUAAAAACCAAAUAUGUUGCAAUGCAUGAUCACUUGGGAACCGCUUCAGAUUAUAACAACUCAAAAUCAUUCAAGGUGCGUUUAAUCUUGUCUAAAUUUUGAAAAAUCUGAUCUUGUGGUUUAUAUUAUUCUUAGUUAUAUAAAAGGUUGCUAUAAAUCCAAUGCUAUUAUUUUGCACCACUAAAAACAUUGGCGACCCAUGAUUAGGGACACGCCAUUGGAUGCUUUUUAGAAGCAAUCACUGCAGCACUGUCCAAGGGUAGCUACCCAGGCCCGAUCACGCAGAAAAACUCAACAUAAAAGGCACUACAUUACAUGGAUACUUAUGUCUGAUGCUAUACACUUUUCGUUUUUUGGACAUUGUCUUUCCAAAACCAGGCAAUUUGACUACUUUGAUAGAGUUUAAUCUUCAAGGAUGGAAAAUUUCACCAUUUAAGCAAAAAUCUUCAGUUUAUAGAGAAACCCAGCAUCAACACAAUUAGCAAACGAGACAUAACGAUAACGAGUACAUGCUCGAAAUGUCGUGUUUUUAACAAUCAAACUAUUAUAUUUUCAUUCUGGUACUAAAUUUAUUUGCUAACUAUAUUAUCCUUACAAUUAAGUAGCAUAUCAAUAAAGGUUUCUAUGUUCAGCUAUUAAACAUGAAGCCUAGAAAAAUGCUGCAUGGAGAGUAGCUACAAACUGUUUAAUGUAGAGAAGCUACCAAAUGAAAAAUUUUCAACGAGAUGCUCUUAACAUAGAUAACAACAUGUGGAGGCGAUGUCUUGGCGUUGUUUGUAGAACACACAUUCAUUGACAUAUUGUCAUGCAAGUUAUCACAAAGAUAUGCAACCAGGAAAGAUAUGCUCUAGAUACUGUUGCUAUAAAUACCAGGCAAAUUCUAAAUUGUUGGAAAUGUAUGUUUUAUCAUAUUUUAUUGAUGCUGUAUGCCAUGUACUAUUGUUUUUUGCUUCACAUAUUGUUUAGUUUCUACUUUUUUCUUGUCACGAUGUCCACAUAAGGGACAAUUUGUUCAACAGUUUUUGCACGUUUUGUAGAAUGUUUUUAAUUGGGUAUACAAUUUCACAAACAUUUGUAUAAUGAACAUGUCUUCCGUAACCGGAAUCAACCCAAUCGCACCCCUCACCUAGGUGUAUAGGCCCAUAGGUAUACUAAUGCUCAACCUCCAUUUCAGUGGUUUGCCUCUUUUUGAAGUGUUAACGUGACAGUGAAUAUCAAAAAGUCGCCUGUUAUGUGUUAAGUUAUCAGCUCAAAGGGAUGCGUGACAAAAGAUUCGUGUAGCCAUUUCUUUGGCAAAGAAUGUUUUGAAUUAUACUGAUUACAUUGCUGGCAAAGGUAAUUAGAGCUUUUCACACCUGGCAUCACCAUCACUCACGUGAUAUUAGCAAGAAGAACACCUGGUUUAUUGCACUUUAAUUGCACCCAAAACAAUCAGAUUAAUUUCCUUAUUGCUCAAUUUUUUUCAAAAGAGUGAAAAUUGAGGUUGAAUAUUUCAAUAGGUGCAAGACCUCUUUAACACGUGUGUAUACGUCGAAAAUGAUUGAUAGCUAUGUGCUGGCAAGGGAUGAUGGGAUGUACACGCGAGGCCCAACCUUCUUCUGGCAUUUAGGGGCCUUUUUACAGGGCCUUUUCUCAGAGAGGUAUGUUACAAUCUAAGGGUGCUUAGUUGGCAUUUUCUCAAAUCUGUCGUCAAUAAAGGGUGGCUCACCCACUUUGCCGACAAAUGGGACGUGGAAAUCCCCUCUGAGCACAGUAGCUAGUGACCUGACGGGCCUACUUUUCUUUCCAUUCUAAAGGCUAUUACGCUGUACGGGCCUCAGAACUUCAUCAACAACAUCCUCGGGAAAGUAAAAGUGGUUUAUUUUGCACCUAUGCCAGCUUUGAUGUCAUAUCAAAGUAAAACAAACAAUUAAAAUGAUACUAAUGUGUUUUCCAGUUCAACUAAGAUAAUUUUGCAGUACUGUAGUGUAGAUAGACAUACACUCUUUUUUUUAUAAGAACCAGUAAAUUUCAGUUCAGGCUGACUGUUCUUAAUUUUUUCGAAAAUCUGAGGCUGGAUUGUUCUUAAUUUGUUCUUAAUCUAAUAGGGUGUAAGCAGUGCGAGUGCUAGCUUUUUCGCUUUGUUCAAAAUUGCAUUUUGCAGAAGCUCAGCCUCAGCUUCUUCUUAAUUUGUUCCUAACUUUUGACCAAUUUUGAGGCUCGUGUUCUUAUAAAAUUGUUCUUAUAAAAAAAAGAGUGUAAUAGUUUUACGAUUACUCUCUAUAAAUAAACAAUUUUAUAAGAACACAAGCUUCAGAUUUGGUCAAAAGUUAAGAAAAAAUUGAGAGCCAGCUGAGGCUUAGCUAAUGUGAUUUUGAACAAUGCUGUGAAACCCCUUAAAAAGUUUUAUCUCAAAAAAGAAAAGUUUUUGCCGUCUAGGGUUGCUUUUUCGGUGAAUUUUCAAACUUGUCAGCAAAUAAAGCAUGUCUCACGCACUUUGUUAGCAAAUGAGGCCUGAACAUGUUCAUAGAAAACGCUAGAUAGCAAUCCCCUGCUUACACCAUUUUUUUCAGCACAGAGAUGUAAUCAGUAUAAGAGUGUAAGAACAAUCCAACCUAAAAUUUUCAAAAAAAUUAGGAAAAGCAAGCUUGAACUUCAAUUCAAUAGCUAACCUCCCAGUAGGGAGAGGGGCUUGUGGUCAGUUUUAUUCCUGCUUUCCUUGAAACUGAUUUCCAUUCUGGUAUCUUCUGGGUAAUUUUUACAUGAAAUGAUAUUUUUGAGGCUUUUUCUGAAACACGCACCUAAUUUUGGUGCUUGAUGAUAAUUCUAUGUUUUUGCAUAGCUGGUCCAGGGAACUAUUUCACACUUAAGUCAAAAUAAGCCCUGUUCUAUCAACAGUCGUGGGAGCCUUUAUUCUAGAUGCUAUUGUGGUUUAGAAAGUGAAGGAGGUUAGAUAGGAGAACCAACUGGUUGCAAAAGAACACGACACAGUUGUUAUCAGCCAAUCAACCCUGUUUGUCAAUGGUUUGAGCUGCCCUGAACCUUAAUCGAUUUCGUUUUAUUUAGAGAGCAACUAAUGAAGUUUUCAAUUCAAGAGUGAGCAAAGCCCACUUAUAAAACGAUGGGUCAAGUGAGUGUACCAUGGGUAAAAGAGCCACAGAAUUUCGAGCGAGGAAAUGGAAAACCAAGCGGAGAAGUGAAGGAGUAUCUAGCUGUGAAGAAGGAAAAGUGUAUUUUCCAACUGAUCUCUAAAAGAUUCAAGUUAUUUGUCCAUCUUCUAAGAAAGACACUCCUCCGCAUCUUCGCGCCUAUCUUCUAUUUCUGCACUAGAAUUUAUGUGGCUCCUGUACCCAAGCACCAACGGGGUCUAUCAUUUUCAGCAGAAGGGCAUAUUAGUCAGUCAAGUAUUCAUAUAAAUUUAAAAAAUUAGCAAGAAGUUCUCAAAGAAUAGAGGAGUUUUUAUUGAUCAAUCUGAUCCUCCUUGAUAGAUGGCAAACUUUUAGCGAGGCUUGAUGUUUCAUUUUCAAGUUUGAAUGUUCUUAAUACUGUUCAUAUUUCCUAAACUGCUUUUCUUCACAGCUGCAUGCUAUCAUUUCUAGUAGCAAUGUUGCUUGGCUGAUAAAUUCUGCGCUGUUCUGUAAACACGAGAGACAUUUUUGAAAAUACGCUACUUUUUCUUUUCCUUUCUUCUCUGUGGCUUGGCAUGCUUUUACAUUGUUCAUAUAUUUCAGCAAAUCUAGAUUCGGUAUUCCUGUACAGUGUGCUUUUAUAAAAAAGGAUAUGACUUAAAUUACCCCUCAGUCUUCAGGUUGAGAUUUUGACCCGUGAAAUAAAGUUUGAGGUAGGCCCUGUGUUCCAGUGUUUUUUGUGCCUAAAAGAACGCCACUGCCGGGCACUGCAGUGCAACUGCGGACAUGCUUGCACAUUUCUUCAGAACAAAGAAUUUUCACUCAAUACAAUCAAACGUAGAGCUGAGCUCUGAGGGAGAUAAAGCUGAAGCAGAUUUUCAACAAGCAUCUUUAAUACCACAAACAGCUGAAAGAUAUAAACAAGCUUGCGAAUACAUUGUUCAAGCUGUAUUUUCCUUAUCUUGGGCUCCAUGCAGGACAAAGAUGGAACAAAGGCACUGCUUGAACGACCAUCGUGAGCGCCUGAGUGGAUUCCGCAUACCUUCGUUAGAAACAUAAACACCCAUUCAAAAUGGUCAACUUUCAUACAAUCUGGUUAUUUAGCAUCACAACGGCAAUGCGCAAGUGUUAAUAAACAAAUACAAAAACAUUGCUUGAUAACGAAAACCAUAAUUCAUAAGGCAUGCUACCCUGAAACCAAAAUAACCAAAAUCAGAUUUUCUCAAGGAGUAGGAAGGGCAACCUAACUAAAGAUUAGCUUUUUUGCCUUCGUUCGUUGAUGAAAAAAUAAAAAUUGUUUCAUAAAAGCAUAUGGUUGUUUUUGACAAGGUUUUGUAAGUGUUGGCUAAAGCGCCAUAGGCAGCAUGGAUAUCUUACAUAAUUUUUAACAGUUUUGCUUUUAUAUUAGAUCAAUUCAGUAAUCUUUUAGUCCAUGUCAAUUUCAUCUGUAACUAGCACACUUUGUAUCACGUGAUUCAUUACAAAUCCAUAAUGUCCAUUUGUUACAAAACUGAAAUUAGUUAUAAAGCAGUUUAGGUCGUUAAUGUCCAGCCCAAAGUCAAAGAGCUUUGGCAAAAUUGAAGUGGAUACCAUUUCUAAAUAUAUUCAAUAAAUAUCGUGCUGUUUAAUCUUUACACGUAAAUUGGAAAUUUCCAUUAUUUUAUCUGAAAAGAGUAUUUCUUCGGUCACGAAUUGAACUAAGAAAGUGCAUGUGAAUAAAGAAAUAUUUAGGUUUUCAUCGUCACAAGUAUCAGCCUGUAUGCAUGCUUGCUUGCUUACUUUGUGAAAAUUCUUACCUUUGCUUGGUAAUUGAUUGAAAUUUGGUCUUAUUCUUUAUUUUUACUUUUUUAAAUUGUAUCCUUUCUUUUGUAUAUUCUUGCUGUUAUUGUUAUUGAUGCAACUUCAUAUGUGUGUUUUUCCUUAAAUCUGUUUCUUUAACAAAGUAUGAAGUAAUUUUCAGAAUCACAAAAGGGCGCGUAACUCGAAAGCUCUUCUGAGUUAUUUCUAUGUGUCCUUCAUUAUUUCAGUUUUUCUUACUGACAAUUUUAUGUAAAAUAUGCUUUUUAAUCUUUUAUGUUAGCAUUAUCGUAUCACUUGUAAUUAUUUGAAAUAUACUAAUAAUGAAAUGUUGGAGUUGAAGUUAUUUAUUUCUCUUGCCCAUAUGAUUUAUUUCAUAGUUAGUAAGUUAUUUGUUUCAAACUUAUUUGCUUACGUGCUGUAACAAAAGCUCUAAAAGACAUUUAGCACCUGUUAUGAAGGCCAUUUGCUAAUCCUUAAGUUAUUCGUUAAGGCAAUGACUUUGAAGAUAAACAAACAUAGAAUAAAAUAUGCAUUAAUGUUUUCAACUUCUUUUUCUUCCAGGGAAAAAACUUACCAACAUUAUCAUUAUUCUUGUAUUCAGGAGAAUAUGUAAUUUCUUCUGCAUAAUUUUUCCCGCAAAAUUAUUUUACAUCCUAAAGUGGAAAUCAUUUUAUCUUUCCUUUAAGUUAAAUUUCAAAAACACUGUUUCUUUCUUAUUUGUCUGUAAUUUCUAAGAUUACAAAGGGUCCUUACCUAUGAACUCCCACUUUUGAACAACUCUUUAAUUGUUUUUCGCUGCAUUAAAAUUAAGCCUUCCGUGAUACGGUUGUACUGCACGAAGCUCACGUGCAAAUUUUUGGAGUAGAAGGUACCAUUAUUUUGAACAGGUAUCAUGCUAUGAAACUCGUCGAAAACAGGUAUUAAUGGUAAAUUGCAUGCUGCUCAUUUAUAGCAAAUAUGCCAAACGCUGUGCUCACGAAAAAAACUGAACUUAACAAUCUGAAUUUAACUUUUGCCCAGUUUCUUGACAAAAUAGGACAGACAGGAGCAUAAAAAACUAAAUCAACUGUUUGAAAUAGACAUAACCUGAAGGCAUUUAAUCAUGAUUUUUUACAAGAUUCAUUUUCUAUCCCUGUUGAAAGAUACAAAGGAUUUAGGGGAUACGCUUGGGUUAUACAGCCAAAACCUGUUCAAACUUGCAAAGGACCCUCUGGAUUCUGAGCUCAUAUCCCUCAAAGCCAGCCCUUCCUUCCUCGUAAACUUUUUCCAUUCAUUCUUUUUCGUUUAUUCAUUCAUUCUUCAAGCUCGGUCGAAUCGACCGACAGGAGAAUGACCUAAUAAUGGAACAAAAUGAAAAAGACUUGUAAAAAGUCAAUCGAAGAACACGAGCACCUAGCCACGUCGGUGCAUUUGUUCAAGGUGUGAAUUGGUUGCGAGUCGUAAGAUUUCAUUUGAACUUUAAGAUUUUUCUUGGAACAGAUACUCAAAUUGCCACAAAUUCAGUCUGGUGUUUCCCUUUUCUAGCUUGCAUAAAUGUAUAAGACUAAUAGAAGGGCUUCACCUCUAGAAGGGUUGCUGGUAAAGGUCAGAUUAUUAUGAAAUAACUGAAAAGUUUUCCAUUUUUAUUCCCAAAUUUUAUCUAGCAGUUGUACUGUGUUGGAAAUAAUGGCAAAACCACGACUAUGAUUCGAUGAACCUGCUAUUUGGUGUACUACAAAGCUACCAUUUAGCUACAUUUCCUUUAGACAUUAAUGUUUCUACUGUGCCGGUCAGUGCCUAAUUUAAGGGACUUUUACAAUACCACUAAUUAUGCCUAAAAAUGUUUAGGCCCCUCUAGGGCGGCCCAGAAAAUUUUUAAAACUGAAUGCCCUCGAUUGGCUAAAAAUGCAUUUCCGAGACAUAAAAUGAUUAGAAUAUGAUAUGAAAAAACACCUCAUGGAGAAAUUAAAUUUACAUUUACUUUUAAGAUUUUUUAAUAAACAUAACGCAUAGAGAGACAAUCCUCCCACUUAUUCUUGAUUUCAAGACCACAAUUUGGAUUUUCAAAACCACUAUUAGUGUACAAGACCACACUAAAUUAGGCACUGGUGCCGGUUACAUAAGGACGAUAAAAGAAUUUGCUGACAAUUUUGCCUAACGUAUCUUGAAUAUUCCUAUAUUCGUUUAAAUUCUUUGUCAUUUGACUUUUCUUCUCACCAACGAACUGACAUUUUGAGGCUGUCCUUAAAAUGCAACGUUGGAAAUAACAUGAACUUGCUGCACUAUACUAAUAUUGUUCACUUCAAAAUUGAAGAAAGUCUUGAUGAAACUUUGAGUAUGUCAUCCUUAUGAAAAUUUAGAACUUCUAUACUUACAAAUGUUUGAAUUUCUCACAAAAGUUUAGAGACAGGAAAAAAAAUUCAUUCCAUAGACAGUUGACAUUUUAUAGCGAGACAUUGAAAAAGAGGCCACCAAAGACAGUAAAAUAUCAUUGUGUGCUUUCGUUGAUACUUUUGUUUGAUAUUUUAAGAAAGAAUUUUGAGUAAAAUUUCAAAUUAAAAGAACUUGAAACAGUGGCUGUUUUAGGGGGUCAAUAUGGGCCAGGGUCCCAGGCCCCGCAGUUUUGGUAGCUAGAAAGGGGCCAAGCACCUGAAAAAAUAGAUGAAUAUUGCAAAGAACAAGGGCUCAGAAGACGUUUUCGGCCCCGGGCCCCGCUGUUGAUAAAACUGUUGCUGACCUGCAAAUUUGGAAACUCCGAGAUGACUUUUAUAAGCCUCCCCCCUCGCAUAAGAGACCCUCGAAUAACCCCCUUCUUAAAAUUGCCUAAAUCAAUAAGCUCCGAGGAAGCUAAUUCGAGGAUUUACGACACGAAAUCAUUCCGUAUCAAUUGACUGGUAUCCUUAGAAGUCUCGUUAUUGUUAUGCAUCGAUCCUGACUUUUUCUUUUUAAAAGAAAUCAAAUCUGCUGUUCUUCAAGGUUUAAUUUCCUUUUGCGAAGAGCGGAUAAUCCUAGAGUUGAUAUAACUUGACAAGAAGAUGAAGCAUGCGGUCUUCAUCACGAAAGAAAUAAACCACGCUGGAUUCAAUUGAUAACGAUAACACACCUGUCCUGAAAUAUUUAAUUCAUGCAUCUGUUUUUCUGAACAGAGCAUUAAUGCAAGGUAUGCCAACAUGCAAAAUCAAUCACGCAAUUAUGUUAGUUAAAACUUUCUUAGCUUCCUUGUCGUUGAAACGCAUGUUUGAUGCAAGGUGGUGGCAUUUGGGGGGUAACAACUUCCUUGCAAAAGGGGCCUGGAACAGUGGCAAAAUGAUGACGUCAUAUAGCCUUGCCUUUAGUUUUCUUGAGAUUUUAAAACAUAACGUAAAAGAAAUACAUAAAAUCUUUUAAAUGUACAGAAUCAGCCGGCCUUAUGUCUAAAGCAUAAUCUGCUAAAUUUUAUUUCAGGUAGCUAAAAUCCACAGUUUUUUGUGUCAUGAUUAUCAUCAGUAUCGUUCGGAUUGCAAACCUUUUCCUAUAAACAUGGCUACCAAGGAAAAUAAUCAACAAAAACAGAUUUUUCUAAAAUUCCUAACAUUUCUGCCAAAAAUGACAGUAAAUAAGCAUAGUAAUUGGAGUCCCCAAGGCAUUGAUCGUUAGAAAAAAGGCCUAGACAGCACGGUAAAGAGCAUUCGAUUCCAGUAACCCCUUAGCUGUAGGACAGAGGUGUGAUUCGGCAUAAACUUUUUGUUAUUCAUUACACCAGUAGAUUUGCUACAGUUCUAAAACAUAGAGUGAAUUCAGUGAUGAAAAUUGAUUUCCAUGCUUUUAUUGGUUUCUUAAUCUUUUUGUCAUACUGUCAUAAAAUAAAAAUGGAAUUACUGUCAUGAUUAAUCGGUUUCUGUCGUUGCUUUUAUAUUAUCUUUGUCAUCUAAUUAGGCCCAAAUGCUGACGCUGAGAAAGCGGCUGGAAAUAGAACUGUCCUACCUACAAAGCUAUUAUGCAUGCAUGUUUAUGGCUGCUAGAUACUGUCAAGCAGGAAAUAUUUGGCAGUAGAGAUGAUUAAGAAGUUCUAAGCACGCUAAAAAUAACAAAAGAAGUACAACUUCCCCUCCUCCUUCCCCUCCUCCGUUCCCUCCUCCUUCCCCUCCUCCGUUCCUUCCUCCUUCCCCUCCUCCGUUCCCUCCUCCUUACCCUCCUCCGUCCCCUCCUACUUCGAAAUAUUAACAAAUAUAACUGCCACCGCUCAGACCAGUAUCAUUUUCCGUUGUAUAGAGGUGCCUGUUGUAAUGUGUUACCAUUUGGGACAGUUGAGAGGUGUCCAAUGGAGCAUCCACUGCAAAAUGAAAAUGUAAUAAGGGGAAGGGCGAAUAUUGUGCCUAAAUGUUUUGAUAUAAAAUCCCAGACCUUGUGAAUUGGCAGUCCUUUAGCCUUGUCAAAUCCACAGCAUAUACCUUAAGGUUUAAUAGCGUGAGUCUAAUCUAUGCAAAUAGGUGCCAAUGCUAAUAAACUUGUAUCCGGAUAUACUUUUUCUUUUCGAUACCCUGCGUAUUAAAAAUAGGCUCAUCUCUUCUGAUCAGAUUUGCCAACAUUUGAAAGAUGUUGUAUUCCUGCGUGGAUUUUUUUAAUGAAAUAGUUAACAAAGACCGGAUAACACACACUGCGUUCUGCACUUUAAAGGAUUGUGUUUAUUACAUAUACCUUCAUUUUUUACACAAGUUUGAUAAAAUGAAAGCUGUGGCCAUUAAAUAUUUAUCAUAAGCAAGCCGAAAUAAAGCAGUUGAUUUUGAUGUCUCAAUGCUGGUUUUCUGUUUACAUUUUUCAAAGCGAAUCAGGAAUGGACUGCAAGAAAUUUCUUCUUAAUAAUCUAAACAUCUUUUGACGAUAACAAACAAAUGAUAUGGUUAUGAUGUAAUGAGCUUUGCAGAGUGUACAGCUCUGCCUAUCUAACACUUUAUGACAGACAGGGAAACAGUAAAUUUUAUUCAGAGCAAUGCAAUUAGAUUCCAUAGCUUAGCUGUUUUCAGUUUAUUUUCGCGUUUUGUGUCUGUCUUCAGGACUCGUGCUUCAAAGUGGUGAAGCUCUGGAAUAGAAAAUGUUUGCUUCUCAAUUACUAGCAAAAUGCUUAAUCAAAGAUGGGAUGGCCGAAUCCCUUGGCCCUUAUAACACUAUCAACCGCGCCCAAGCACUAUACUAGCAUCAUUCAAUAAUUGGCUUAUUCAAAAUCUGCAUUUUCUUAAACCGCAAAAUUGAUUAUCUGCUAAUACAAAACAUAUUUCAUUUAAUUCUUUAAAUUGUAGCUUAGAAGCAACACACGGCGUUGUAAAGUAUUGGUAUGUAUCUGAAAUGCUCUCGCUGGAAAUGGAAUAUUGACUGGUAACAGGUAUGGCAAUAUACAGUCAUCAAGAUAAAAUCAGCUGUGGCGAAUUUCAGAGCAGAUCGACAUCAUUGUUUGAUGGUUAUGCAUCUGUGUGUAUCAUCAUGGUAUCAUCUAACACUCGACAAAAGAGGGGACGAAAGCUUGUAAGAGUUUUCCCCAAGGCAGUACUGCAUGUGACAAUACAAGAUUUCAGAACAUGGAUGCAAGAAGUAUUUGAAGGUUGGAGAGGUAGAAAGGAACAUUAUUUCUCAGAAACAGGAAUACCUUUCCAGAAUUACCAAAACAUGCUCUUUUACAAAAAUGAGUAUUUUCGAAACGUGGGGGAGUCGCAGGGGGCACAUAACUGCAAAUUUUCAGAAACAGAGAGAGUCAGGGAGCUUGGAUAGACCGGGUUCAGCUUGGACAGUUGGUUGGCGUGCGGGGAGGGGUGGGGGUGUUAGCGAGACUAUAAUAGAGGCUGGAC